GUAGUAGGAUUUGCUGCGUUCUCUGUGACUGUGAUUAUAUUAACGGCGAUUGUUUUCUUCAGAUUUCAGAAAGCCUGAGUUUGGUUGGUAUUGUUGCGCGAAGAUAAACAGGAAAGAAAGUGAGAUCAGGGAACAAGUGUCUAAGGAGAAAGUGUGUGAAGACGAGGCGAGCUCCCUUUUGGGAGAAGAUUCCUUUUUAGGCAUAUGCUUCCCUACAAAACUUCCCCAAAGUGAACCUGGAGGAGAUUUUUUUUUUGGCGAGAGAGAGAGAGUGGGAGGGGCACCUACCCCUUCAAGCCCACGACCACGGCCGCCGCCUCUUCUUGUGCACAAGGGGACGUUGUGUGCUUCGUGCACACGCAUGGCCGACACGAGAGGCUCCACUUCCUCUGGCGGCGGCGAUGACAGGGGCAGAGAAGGCCACGAUGACUUCACAGGGGGCGGCCAAUACAACAGGUACCAUAGGAUCCUUGAGGCCGUGCCGUCACCCCUUGUUAGGCGUGAGAAUGGUGUGCAUCAUCAGUACCCCACUGGCCUAAUCCACCACCCGUCGUCGACAAUGCCGGUGGCGCCAUGCUCCUACGUGCCCCGGUACACCAUGGUGCCAACAUCCGCCAUGCUCCCGCUGCAGCACCACCACCGCCAAUUGCAGAUAUCUCAAGAAAACUUCCAAGACCGAGUUCCCUCCAAUAAUGUUGCAGCUCCGCAUCUUCCUAGCAAUUUUCAGGAUUUGAGGCCAAUGUGCAAUGGGCCGCCAUUCAUGUCUUAUGGCCAGACUGCUUCCAAUAGAAAUGUUCUUUAUCAGAAUCUGACGCCAUACUCCUUCAAUGCAUGGGCUAGCAAUAACAUGCCGAGGAACCCUGUCUACACUAGUUACCACCCUACUGCAAUUGAGGAUCCCCAUGCUACUCCAUUCCACAUCAACAAUCAUGACACAGACCAAGGUUUCUUCACCGUUUCUACUAGCUUCAGGGUGGAUCAAUCAUUUGUACAUGCUCCUUCACCCUUUCCACCAGUGUCUUCAUCAUCCCGCAGUUUCUCUUCAGCUCAAAUUUCAAAUGGACCGAUAGACGCUAAGAAAGCCAAGAAAUCAGAUAUAAAAGAUCAACCAAUUGUUUUAAGAAGAAGUGAUACGGAGAGUGAAAAAAAUGAUGAACUAGAUCAAACUCCGGCUAGUGAGCCUUCAAGCAUGAGUCAUAACAGUGCAAAUUCGACUAUUAGAUUCAACUGUAGAGAAUACCGUGUUAUCUUGCGCAAGGAGUUGACAAAUAGUGAUGUUGGUAAUAUUGGAAGAAUUGUGAUGCCAAAGAGGGAUGCAGAGGCUCAUCUUCCAGCAUUGCAUCAAAGGGAAGGUGUGAUGCUGAAAAUGGAUGACUUCAAGCUUGAAACUACUUGGAAUUUUAAGUACAGGUUCUGGCCCAACAACAAGAGCAGAAUGUAUGUCUUGGAAAGCACGGGUGGCUUUGUGAAGCAGCAUGGUCUCCAGACAGGGGACAUAUUCAUCAUCUACAAAAGCUCGGAGUCUGAGAAAUUAGUUGUUCGUGGGGAGAAGGCCAUUAAGCCGAAUGUCAUCAUGCCUAUUGUGGACUGCAGCUGCAAAAAUGAUCUCAACAACAGCGAAGAAUGCGGGUUCGCUAUCAGCCUGCUGACUAAGAAAACCUGAUGUGGAAUGGCAGCUUCAUGUCUUGAGACCAUCAUCUGAAAGCCUCAUUACAAGGCAAUGCAUUUUUGUUAUUGGAGAAUGUGUUGCCCCACACUUUUAACUUCAUAGAUAAAAGUACAAGACUAUGGAUUAUUAUUUAGUAACUCUUUUUUUUUCCAAAUAAUAGUCCACAUCAGAGAUUGCAACAGCGAAAUAGAUAGAAACUACCUUUAACUCAUAGCUGAAAGUCUUAAAGCCAUCGCCAUCGGUAGUAGCUUGUGUUGUACCUUUAACAGUUUGUUGCAGAGCAACCGAUGGUUUCGUUUA